AGGGCGGUGGGCGCGGGAGGGAGCGGCCGGGGGUGCGAAGGGGAAGGGGCUGGUGGCAUGUGGUGGGAGGGACUGGACUCUUGAGAGUGGUGUUGUGAGGAGGUGGGAAGGGUUGAGGAGGGGACUUCAGACGUUUUGGGGGAGGUUUUGAAAGUGUUACAUUGGAGGUGGGAGGGGGAAGGGCCUAGGGGAGAAUUUGGGUGGAAAAGGAGAGCACGGAGGUUUGGGGGAAUGGAGAGCGUGGCGGUGUGACGAGGGAAUGGGGAAAGUGAGAGUCUAGGAGGAAAGUUUGGGAGGAAGGGGAAUGGCCUGGGAGAUAGGACAGUGGAGCUGCACGGGUGAGAGAGGUUGGGGGUUUCCCUCCCCGCUCCCCACCAAAGGAAGACAGAGCAGAGUUAAGCGGCAUCAGUUGCAACCAAUUCUAAUUGCCAGGCCUUUAGCUUUUAAUAGGGUGGGAAGGGCAGAAGGGAAUGGCUCAGAGAAUUGGGGUUGGAUGAGGGCUCAACUGGAUUUGCUUUCCAAAGGCUCCCUGACUUACUGCUCCCUUGUUUUUCCUGGUUACCCAAAGAAGGAGAAAUGGGGAAGCCAGUGUCACUGCCACCAAAGUGUAGAAGGAGUAAAGGACUUUUCUAGUUUCUAGCAAUUAGCAGGGUAAGAAUGGGGAAACAGCCGAGCUGAGUUGGACCCCUGUAUGCCAGGGUGGAGGCUCUGGAAGUCUGAGAAAGGGAACAGGAAACAGGGUGGCAUCUAGGCAACCGGGAUAAUUAAAUGAGUGCUUUAGUGUCCAGACCUUUCUUUUACUGUUUAAGUGCUAAGAGGGAGGGGUCAGUAUUUGCAUAUAGAAAAUAUUCCCUGGUGAAAUGUAGAUGUAUGAGUGGAUGCAGCCCUGGUGGCUGUUUUGUCCGCACUGUGUGCUAAGGGAAGGGGCGGAAGACAGAAUUUGGAGGAUAGUUCUGCUCUGAUAAGCGAAGUGAUAGAAAGCGCCUUCUUUAGCUGUAACCAUUUUCCCCGCCCCAGGUUCUCCCUAAAGUUGAAAGUCAGUGUUAAUAUUGUAACAAAAUAGAUGGAUCUCCUAAGGAAUUGAGGAGUCAGGUGAGAAGGUAGCGGAAGAUAAUUGGUUUUCCCACAAGUUGUUGAAUUGCCCGUAAGUUGCCAUGAACCACUGAGGCUGGAAAUUCUUGGGAGUUGGUACUGUUUUGUGACUCUUGUUAGUAGAGAGUUAGGGGAAGCCUGGGGAGUUGGUUGGCGGUGAGUUCUCUCAUUUAGCUCUGAGUGGAUCAUUUUAAUCGAAAUGGCUUUAGGGUGUCUGUGUAUUCUUGUAACCAAGAGUAACUCUUUGGGCCUUUGAUGUUUGAAAAUAAAGCUUGAAAACUGACUCCCCCCCCCCCCCAUUUGUUUUUGUUUUGCUGCUGGCUUCCAACCUUGUGCUAGGAAGAGACCUGGGAAAUUAAGUUUCUUGCAAAGUACGGUGGGGAUCGCAGCCGCCGCGCAGGGAUUCUGGAAAGCCUCGCGCGCCUGAGCCCCCAGCAUGGCGGGCCUGAAGCGGCGGGCGAGCCAGGUGUGGCCCGAAGAGCGCGGAGAGCAGGAGCACGGGCUCUACAGCCUGCACCGCAUGUUCGACAUCGUGGGCACCCACCUGACACACAGAGAUGUGCGCGUCCUUUCUUUCCUCUUUGUUGAUGUCAUCGAUGACCACGAGCGGGGCCUCAUCCGCGACGGACGUGACUUCUUGCUGGCUUUGGAGCGCCAGGGCCGCUGUGACGAGAGCAACUUUCGCCAAGUGCUGCAGCUGCUGCGCAUCAUCACGCGCCACGACCUGCUGCCCUACGUCACCCUCAAGCGGAGGCGGGCCGUGUGCCCCGAUCUUGUAGACAAGUAUCUGGAGGAGACAUCCAUUCGCUAUGUGACCCCCAGAGCCCUCAGCGAUCCAGAACCGAGGCCUCCACAACCCCCCAAAACAGUGCCUCCCCACUAUCCUGUGGUGUGCUGCCCCACUUCGGGCCCUCAGAUGUGUAGCAAGCGGCCAGCUCGAGGGAGAGCCACCCUUGGGAGCCAACGAAAACGCCGGAAGUCAGUAACGCCAGACCCCAAGGAAAAGCAGACAUGUGACAUCAGACUGCGGGUCCGGGCCGAGUACUGCCAGCAUGAGACCGCUCUGCAGGGCAACGUGUUCUCUAACAAGCAGGACCCACUGGAGCGCCAGUUUGAGCGCUUUAACCAGGCCAACACCAUCCUCAAGUCUCGGGACCUGGGCUCCAUCAUCUGUGACAUCAAGUUCUCCGAGCUCACCUACCUCGACGCAUUCUGGCGCGACUACAUCAACGGCUCGCUACUAGAGGCGCUUAAAGGCGUCUUUAUCACAGACUCCCUCAAGCAGGCUGUGGGCCACGAAGCCAUCAAGCUGCUGGUGAACGUGGACGAGGAGGACUACGAGCUGGGCCGGCAGAAGCUCCUGAGGAACUUGAUGCUGCAGGCACUGCCCUGACCUUCCCUCUCUCCGCUCGGGGGACUAGUCCCACCGCCUGCCUCUGGGGCCUACAUACUGUUCUGGGGUUUGUUCUCUGCCCUUCCGACCAAUCACACCCCUGCCUUUUUUUUUUUUUUUUUUUUUUUUAAGGAAGAG